AGUGAGGUUAGGUUACUAUUAUCAAAACAAACACUAAAUAGUAUAAAUAUAAAAAAAAAUAUUAAAUGUAUAAAAAAUAAAAAAAAUUAGUUAAAUAAAGAAUUUUGUAAUGAUUAUUAACUAAAUUAGAAUUGAUAUUUGAAAUAAAAUUUGUUUUUCAUUAAUAUUUGAAAAUAGUAAAUUAAAAUUUAAAAUAGUAAUUUGUUAGUAAUUUGUAAUUUGUUAUUUAUGAAUAUAUGUUUUUUAUUAUUAUAAUUAUCAUUCUAUGAAUAUAUUUUAUUAUUAUAUAUUUUUAUAUAAAAAUUUUAUUUUUAUCGUUGUAUUGUAUUUAUCGUUUAUUGUAAAUAUGCCUUAAUUAUUUUCUUUUAUAAGUUUAAUUAGAUAUCUAAUAUCUAAAAAAAAUUAAUAAAUUUUUAUCAUUUCAUAUUGUAUAUUAAAAUAAUCAUUUUAUGAUUAUAGUUAUGUAAAAAAUUAAUAAAAUUCAAUAAUUUAAAAUUAUAUAUAGUUUUUUUUUUAUUUUUAAAAAGUUACAUAAGUUAUUUAAUAAAUAAAGUAUAUAUUGCUAAUAAAUAUAAUAAAUAUAGUAUAAUAAAACAUAAUAAAAUGAAUUAUAAUUUAGAAAAUUUGUUAUUUGAAAUUGAAACUAAUUAAUUGAAUUUGUUAACAACGUAAUCCAAUAAAAAUUUAAAAAUUUCAGAAAAUCCAUACAUUAUACAAUAUUAAUAAUAAAAUUUUAAUAAGAAAAAAUAAUAAUUAUUUUUUUUUUCAUUUUCAAAACUAUAUAAGAAAGUUCUUCUACAAUCAUAUAUAAUUUCAGAAUACUUAUUGUUGAUACUCCAUAUAAAAUAAAAAUAAUUGCAUAAAGAAUGUCACAACAUUUUUACAAUGAAAAUAACAUUGAAUGUAUAAAUAUUUUUACAAUUAAAAAUAAUAUUUUUACAAUUAAAUAAAAUAUUUUUAAUGUAUUUGAAAUUUCAUGUACAAAUAUUCAAUGAAUGUCAUUUGUGACAUUUCAUAAUUAUUAUACGUGGUGUUUAAUUAUAAAUUAUUUGUCUUUAUAUUGUUUAAUUACGUUUAAAUUAUGAGUGUUGAUAGCGAAAAUAAAUCAAAUGAAGCUAUUGUUUCAUUUUCACCAUCAGCAGAACAGGAAAAUACAGAUAAUGGAAAUAUUGCAGAAAAUAUUAUAACCCCAGAAAUGGUGCUACGAUUACCUACGAUUACUGAUAAAUAUUUGUGUUCUCCUGAGGCAAACAUUUAUGACAUAGAUUUUACAAGAUUUCAAAUUAGAGAUUUAGAAACGGGAGCAAUAUUAUUUGAAAUAACAAAACCACCAAUUACUGAAUGUGAUUUAAACCAAGAUGUAGAAUCAGAAAUUGAAGAAUCUGGUUGUGAAGAUGCUAAUACUGGCCGUUUUGUACGGUAUCAAUUUACACCUCAAUUUCUUAAACUAAAGACUGUAGGAGCUACAAUUGAAUUUCUAGUGGGUUCUAAGCCAGUAAAUAAUUUUCGGAUGAUUGAACGUCAUUUCUUUCGAGAUAGAUUAUUAAAAACUUUUGAUUUUCAAUUUGGAUUUUGUAUACCAAAUAGCAAAAAUACUUGUGAACACAUUUAUGAAUUUCCUACUUUACCUGCUGAUUUGGUUUCUGAAAUGAUUGCAAAUCCAUUUGAAACACGUUCAGAUUCAUUUUAUUUUGUGGACAAUCAAUUAGUAAUGCAUAAUAAAGCAGAUUAUGCUUAUAAUGGUGGACAUACACAUGAUGUACUUUAGUAGGUAAAGUUCGUAGGAUAUUUGCACUUUGCAAAAGGAUUGUGAUAAUAGUGGGAAAUAUUUAGCUAAUUUAAAAUUACAAUUCUAUCUUUUUUUUUACACAUAAUUGCAAUUUUCUUAAAUUUUCAUAUUAAUAUUUAAAUAUUGAAUUUGCAUAAUGUGAUCAGAGUUCACUUUUUUUAAUUGUUGAAUUUAUAUCUAAUUGAGUACUUCUGUAUUAAAUUUAUAAUUGAUUAAAUAUAUAUAGUUUAUUUUAUUUUUAAUAUCAAAAUAAUUUUUUUUGUUUAAAGUUUAAGUAAGUCAUAUAAAACUAUUUUUAACAGUAUUAAAUUUUAAAUAAUAACAUUAAGUAUGUAUUUUUAUGAAAAUAACAAACAAGAAGUUAAAAAAAUGUUAAGUUUUUGACAAGCACAAAAUUUAUAAUUUAUUUAUACUGCAUAAAAUUAUAUUUUAUUUCACUAUUUUUUCUUGUUUUAUAUAUAAUGUCAUAAGAUUCACAAAUAAAUGUAUAUAUUUACAAAACAUACUGUGUACUUUUUUAUAUAUAAAAUGAUAAUAAAUUAUGAUUCAUUAAUGAAA